AAUGUAAGUACCUGCUCUAUGGGCAUAUGCCAUUUUUGACAUCCCAUUGACUCAAUCAAAACAUUAAAAAAGGUCAAGAAAAUUAAUGUGAAACUUCUCCAGCCGUUAAUGAUCCAAGCACAAUGGUGUCGUGACAAAACGCGAUGUUACAACAACCCGAACUAUCGACUGCCUCUUUGUUGAAACUGGGCUCGUUCCUGUUCUGGGGCGGCCUCUAUCUGUGGGUGUCGGCGCAGUUUCCGAGGGAAAGCCCCGAGUGGUGGUCGCGGGCUGUGACGUUGCUGCACGGGAGCGUCGCCACAGUGGUCGGCUUGACACAAUGCGGUGUCACCACUCUCUCAGCGUGGACGCUUACGAUGAAAAUCGGAGGACGCCAUUACGCACUGAUGGUGUGGUCAUGGGGAUAUUUCGCAUUCGACCUGCUCUGGUGUCUCACUUACUGGAGAGAGUACAAGCUGAUGUUGUGCCACCACAUCAGUUCGCUGGUCGCCAUCACAAUUUAUAUGCAUAAGGACUACACGGGGUGCACGUUUGCUUGCAACCUUGCUAUGAUGGAGCUUGGCCGACAUCGCUCCGCGAAGAAACCGGUGCCCACUACCGGCGGAGAACCGGUCGUUAACAAAGCGCCCAUGAGAUCUACUUUGUAUUGCAAGCGUCUUAAGGCGAUCGCUCAGCAUAAGGCGAGUCAUUUACUUAUUUACCGCCUUAUUUAUAUAACCAAGCCUAACCUAACCAACAUUCUUUCCAGGUUUCUACGAAAAGAAGGAUACGACAAAACUCUGCUGUAUUAUGUAGUAGAGAUGACGUAUUUAGUGUUGUUUGUGAUGGUCCGGGGUAUACUCGGCACCUACGUCAUAUACAAGAUAGUCCAGUCCGAUAUAUUUGACAUGGACGAGAAAGCCAUAUCAGUGGAAGGGUUGAGGCAAUAUUUGGAUCAAGCAGGCUUUGUAUCAAACAACCUUUAAGAGAUAAUAAAAUAUUUUUAAUGUAUAUCGUAAUAUUUUUAAAUUACAACAUUGUCAAUCACACUGAAUCUUAUAAAUAACCGCCAAGUGCGUGUCGUGAGGGUUCCUUAGUUGCCCAUCGUUACUUUUUUUUACACCGUUACCGGGUUUGGGGACAGCGAGAUCCUAAGGGGACCUCAAGCCGAGCAUUGGUGAGUGCCUCUAGACUCUAGAGGAAUCCAGGCGGAUGGCAAUAUGUAGUACUCCACGGGGGGAGUCUCCUCUCCGUCUGGAGCCUCUAGACCACUCGAACCUGAGGGGUCGGCUCAACUAGAGGGCGUCUCUGAGACGGACAUCGCCUCUAGUUAGCUGUUAUCGUGCGUGGGGGGCGAGGAAAAGCGCCCAGGUACCAUUGUUAUCACAAUAUCAGGAUAUUUUUGUUUCAAAUGCUCCUAUACUCUUUAUAAAAACGUAAAAAUAGCACGAUUCAGAAGCCACCGCGCUAUCUAGCGGCUGCUUUGUGAAACUAAUGAUAUUUUGUUGUGGUUUUUAAGUUAUUUAUAGAUUUUUGUUUUUAACCAAGGUUUUACGCAUUAUCAAUAUGCAAUUACUCCAUCUAAGUCAUCAUGUUUUCUUCUAAGGAAUUAUUAUUAGGUAAGAAUUUAUAAUACAUAAGUUGAACAACUAUUACUCUUAAACUAAGUGAUCUAUCUAAACCUUUAUAAUUUACCUUAAAGCACUAUUAUCAUGAUUUUUUUUAGUAUUUCCAAGCCAAUAGUUUAGCUUUUAGGGCUACUCGAACAAAAAUUUACCACUUUACAGUUUAAUAUUUCGCAAAUGGUUCCUUAAAUCAAAAAAUAGUCAUAGCAACCCCUUAGUCAUUUUAAAGGACCUAUUCAAUGAGACUACACAAUGGGGUGGACAAUGAAAAAAAAUUAAACCCCAUGUUACAUGUAAGGGCUGCCCUAAAACAAAUAUUUUUCAAAAUUUUAUUCUACCACUUUGUCAGCGUGAUUGAAAUACAUACCUCCACUAAAUUACAAAUACAGUCUCCAAGGAAAACCUUGGAUGGCCUGUAAGGGUUCUUUGCCAAGACUACGAAACUCUAAUGAGGCAACACUGGUGUUGUUUACUCAGUUUUUUAUUGCUUUUAAUAGUAACAGUUUAUGAAAAUAAAGUAAAACUUCAUUUCAAAACAUUUCAUAUCUUUCAAAAUUAAGAUUCAGAUUUGUGAAAAAUAUAUUUUAAAAACAUAAAAGUACUUCUAAAGUUUUUAACUAAAAUUCUAACAUCUGCAUUAGUCCCUUCUCUGGUUAUAAUUUUUCUUAUGAUUUCUCCUAUCUCUCCAGUUUCCAGAAAACUUAUUACGGUUGUUUCCUUUGUAAUUAUCUUUAUGACUUUCUUUAUGUCUGUAUUCCUCACGGGUAUGGGAUUUUUCAGGGCGAUAAGGAUGAUGCCUGUGAGUCCAGUUACCUUGCAAGCUGGCUAAUACCAGUUUGUCAUUCAAGUCAUGAAUUUGUCGCGGCAUCUGUACUGCUCGGUAAUCGUCCUCUUUCAGUCUAUCAGUCAUAUCAGCAAACUGUUGUACCACAUUACUCUGAGGUUGGAAAUCCACAGAUGGGUCAGGACCAAAACAUCUUAUCGGGGGUGGCAGCAGUGCCACAUGCCCUCUACAUUGCAAUGACAGUGUUCUGUGGAACAAUGCUGUACCACGAAACAAGUUCAGGGCGUAGGGCACUGACACUUCGUGAGAGUAUGUUAUGAAGGCGAAGUUUUUCUGCCUUCCAUCUUUGUCUCUUGCUAUUCUGACCUUUUCUAGUGGACCAGCCUGCAAAAACAACUCGUAUAGUAUUUCUUCUGUAGCUUGCUCCGGUAAAUUUCCACACCAAAGUGUUUUAUUAUCACCGUCAAUCAUAUUGCACUUAAACAAAAAUUCUUUUUUUAUCACACAACACUCAAAUUCUUAGAGAAACCUCAGAAAUAUAAAAUAAAAUCCAAUCGGAUUCAUCCAUCCAAUCAAAUUAACAUUUUUUUUAAAUUAUUCAUGACCAUGGAUACAAAUCCUUCAGUCGUAUACAUAUAAAGCGGCCUACUGACAUGCCUGCUGCAGGGACAAUCUAGGUGGUUUUCCAAUUACAGAGCAUAAUGCGACUCA